AAUUUUUUCAGGGUAUGAUGUGCGUGACAUGAAUGAAUACAAAAGAGACCAAAACUAGUCUUCUCCACAUUGAGGGAGAAAGAAAGGUAGAGGAAAAUAACUGCGGCGGCGAUACGAUAGAUCGGCAGAAUACAAGUGUGUUUCUCUGUUUUGUUUAAUUAUCAACUACUCCAUUAAUCUGUAGUUGUAGUUUGCAGCGUCAUGAACUCAAGAUUUCGGUUGCGAGUCUCCACUCUUUUCAUUUAUCACUACUCCUCAAUUCGCACCAUUUCCAACUCCGGCAAAAUCCUUGUUUCUCCGAUACCAUGCUUCAGCACUUCAACAAAGGAUCACAAACCGCAAACCACCUCCAUUGAUGAUCAAGCUCUCAAAAUCCAGACCCUUCUCAAGUCCCAUUUCCACGAGCCCGCAGAAUCGAUCGAGCGCCGCCUCGAGCAAUGCAACCCCUCGCUCUCGCACGAAUUGGCCCUCAACGUCCUCAAACGCCACCGUUCUGACUGGAAAUCCGCCCACACCUUCUUCCGCUGGCUUUCCGGACCCGAAAAUUCAUCAGGGUACGCUCCAGAAACCUCCGUCUACAACGAGAUCCUCGACACCCUCGGCCGAAAUCACCGGUUCGACGAACUCCGCCAACUGCUCGACGAAUUGCCCAGGAGAGAAAAACCAAUGAUCGAGCGGACGUACGCAAUCGUGGUCCGCAGAUUAGCCGCCGCUCACAAAGUGGAUGAAGCGAUCCAGUUCUUCGACAGGAUGGAAGAAGGUUUGGGCCUCCGGCGUGAUUUGGCUGCGUUUCAGACGCUGCUGCUGGCGCUUUGCCGGUACAAGCAUGUGGAGAUGGCGGAAUUAGUGUUCCGCAAUAGAAAGAGUGAGUUUAAUGUCGAUAUCAAGACGUGGAACAUCGUGUUAAACGGUUGGUGCUUGCUGCGGAGCUUGCCCGACGCCAAGAGGUUUUGGAGGGACAUUCUUGCGUCGGAGUGCAAGCCGGAUAGAUACAGCUAUGGCAUUUUCAUCAAUUCGUUGUGCAAAUGCGGGAAGGCAAGGAGGGCGUUGGAGUUGCUGAGGGCAAUGUGGGAGGAAGGCUGCAGCCCCGACGCAGCCAUAUGCAACACUGUUAUUGAGGGGCUGUGUUUCAAGAAGAAGAUCCCAGAGGCUCUUGAGGUUUUCAGAGAGAUGAGAGAGAAAGGGUGCUCGCCCGAUGCUGCAACGUAUAACUCGCUGAUCAAGCAUCUCUGCAAGAUUCAGAGGAUGGAGGCGGUUGAGGAGCUGCUCAAGGAGAUGGAGGAGAAUGGCGGGUUUGAGGCGAAUGCUUUGACGUAUGGUUGCUUGGUGAGGGCUGCCAAGAGUGUGGAGCAAGUUGAUGGGAUUUUGGAGAGGAUGAAGGAGAGAGGGUGUGAGGUUGGAGGGGACUUGUACAACUUGGUUUUGAGGUUGUUUGUGAAAUGGGGGGAUGAGGAGAGGGUGAGGUGUGUUUGGGGUGAGAUGGAGAGGAGGGGAGUGGGGCCCGAUCGAAGGUCGUACACGAUCGUCGUGCACGGGCUUUGUGAGAUGGGGAGGGUAGGGGCUGCGUUGGAGUAUUUUGCGGAGAUGGAGUGCAAGGGUAUGUCGCCGGAGCCUCGGACUAAGGUGUUGGUGGAGGAGAUGAGAUGUAAGUUGAAUCAAGGAGAGAUGGGAUUGAGAAAGGGGGAUACUUCACUGAAACUUUCCCCUAAACGACUCAACAAAAAUUGUUAGAUUAUGUCUGUGUGUGUGUGUGCGCGCUUGAUUUUUUUUUUCUUUUUCUUCCGAAGAAGAUGAAAUAGUGUGCCCUUGGAGAGAAUGAGUGAGUUAUCAGUGAUCCUGUGAAUUUGUGAAGAGGUGUUCGGAGAAAAUAAAUGUCGAGAAGAGAUUAAAUUUGAUCAAGGAAAAUGAAAAUUUGUUUAA